AUGACUCGGCAAUUUCUUGAGAGAAUAGUAUUCAAACAAAUUAGGUACAUAAAAAACGAACAACAAUUAAAAAAUAAAAAGACAUUUCGUCAUGGUUUUCCACAUCAACCAACAGCAAUUGCAUUUGAUCCAGUACAAAAAUUACUGGCCAUUGGUACUAAGACCGGAUCAUUAAGAUUACUUGGAAGACCUGGUGUUGAUGUUAAUAUUAAACAUGAAGGUGGUGCGGCUGUUAUUCAACUUGAGUUUCUUGUCAAUGAAGGUGCCCUGAUUUCCGUAACUGCGGAUGACAUGAUAACGUCAAUCCAUCUGCCGUUACAAAGCAAGUGGCUGUAUGUUGGUACUGAAAGGGGAAACAUUCAUGUGCUUCACAUCGAGACCUUUGUUUUAUCUGGUUACGUGAUCAACUGGAACAAAGCUAUAGAAGUAACAGUUGCAUGA